UUGAGGUUCCGGUGUGUCCAUAUAUGGUGUGUCGCUGAGGCGCACUGGAUUGUGGGAAAGUCUUCAGAUCGGCCAUAGCUGUCUUUCCCCGCUGCUGAAGGAGAGGAACGGAGUCAUGACGGGAUUCAGAGGUUUCGCUCAUCUCUCCAGACGCUGUUAUGCUGCCGCCAGGAGGAGCGAGGCAUUAACUGAACCUCUGGUCACCCGAAAGCCUGCGGCAGCACCAGCACUCCCACCACAGGACGUCCAGGUGUCCAAGCUUCCUAGUGGUCUUCUCGUUGCCUCUCUGGAGAACUACUCCCCCGUCUCUAAAAUCGGCGUGUUUGUGAAAGCCGGCAGUCGCUAUGAGACUGCGGAAAACCUGGGCGUCACUCACAUGCUGCGAUUGGCAGGCAAUCUGACCACUAAAGGUGCGUCAGCCUUCAGGAUGUCGGGUCUGGAGGCAGCGGGUGCCAGCUUGAGUGUGACGUCUUCGAGGGAACACAUGGUGUAUUCUCUGGACUGUCUAAGGGAUGAUUUUGACGGCGUGAUCGAGUACCUGAUCAAUGUGACCACCGCACCUGACUUCAGACCCUGGGAGUUGUCUGACCUCACACCGAGGCUCAAGAUAGACAAGGCCGUUGCAGAUCAGAGCCCACAGAUAGGUGUUAUUGAGAAGCUGCAUGAAGCUGCAUAUAAGAAUGCUUUAUCCAACUCACUGUACUGUCCAGACCACAUGGUGGGGAAGAUCAGUGUUGAUCAUCUGCAACAGUUCUUUGCAAAUAAUUACACCAGUGCAAGAAUGGCUCUCGUUGGAUUAGGAGUCAGUCAUGCUGCUUUGAGGAAGGUGGGAGAGCAAUUCUUCAGUGGACACACAGGGGCCGGCACACCAGGGGCUCAAGCUGUUUACCGCGGCGGUGAGCUGCGGGUGCAGAGCGGUGGAGGGCUGGUUCAUGCGCUGCUGGCCUGUGAAGGAGCCGUGACGGGCUCAGCGGAGGCCAACGCCUUCAGCGUGCUGCAGAGGCUUCUGGGUGCUGGACCGCACAUCAAGAGAGGAUCUAACAUCACCAGCAAACUCAGUCAGGGCAUCGCCAAGGCCACCGCACAGCCGUUUGAUGCCACGGCUUUCAGUGCCACAUACUCUGACUCUGGGCUCUUCGGAGUGUAUAUCAUCUCUCAAGCAGACUCGGCCCGUGAGGUGAUCAAUGCGGCUGUGGCACAGGUGACGGCUGUGGCUGAAGGAAGACUUACUGCAGAUGACCUCACCAGAGCAAAGAACCAGCUGAAGGCGGAUUAUCUGAUGUCUCUGGAGAGUUCAGAGGGUCUGCUAGAGGAGCUGGGCGUUCAGGUGAUCAGCAGCGGCGCCUACAGCUCGCCACAGUCUGUGACGCAGAUCAUCGACUCUGUGACCUCCAGCGACGUGGUCAAUGCUGCAAAGAAGUUUGUUGAAAGCAAGAAGACCAUGUCAAGUUGUGGACAUCUGGCAAACACACCAUUUGUUGAUGAGUUGUGAGGGGAAAGCCCUAAUCCAAAGUGCACACAUUGUGCAGCUGCUUAUUCAAGUGUAAAAUAAUUCUGAAACCCUGAUUGUUGUUUUUUUCGUCAGUUCAUCAUGAAAUAUGGUCCUUAGUAAGGUGUACAGAGAGCACAGCCAUCAUUUUCUUCCUUUUCACUGUAUAUCUGCUGUACAUUCAUUAAAACAAAUCUAUCAGUCAUAAA